AUGGCUUGGAUGCAAAUGAGUGAUGAUUGCAAGAUCAAGUUCUUGGAGUUGAAAGAAAAGAGGACUUAUAGGUUCAUCGUGUUCAAGAUUAAUAAGGAUGAUGAGAUAGUUCAAAUAGACAAGAUUGGGAAUUCAGAAGAAACUACUUACGAUGAUUUUACCAGCUAUUUACCCUAUGACGAAUGCCGGUUCGCAGUGUAUGAUUUUGAUUUCACCACCGAGGAUAAUUGCCAGAAGAGGAAGAUCUUUUUCAUUGGGUGGUUCCCUGAUGCAUCAACACCGAGGAAUAAGAUGUUGUACGCAAGCUCCAAAGACAGUAUCAAGACAGCAUUGGAUGGGAUUGAAGUUGACUUGCUAGUAACUGAACCUAACGAGAUGAGCCUCGACAUCAUGAAAGAGCGAGCUCUCUGA